AUGGCGGGUAAUGUUGAUUUUCGAGCCUUGAAGGCCCGUGCAAUAGAUUCUGGGAUCGACGAAGAAGCGGUUACAGUUAACACUCGUGCUUUGAUAGAUAAAGUCCUAGCGAGAUAUUCAGGAGAAUGGACUGUCCUUCGCGAGUUACUUCAAAAUGCUGCUGAUGCUUCGGCUACGAGAGUUAUCGUCAAACUUGAAACCAUACCUUCAGUAACCGUACCAACACCAUCCACAAUUGAGCAGAGUCUAUCCUUAAAACAUAUUAUAUCCCACCACACAAUCAAGAGCUUGAUUGUCAAGAAUAAUGGCUUUGCCUUCAACUCUAAUGAUUGGUCUCGCCUAAAACGAAUCGCUGAGGGAAACCCAGACGAAACGAAAAUUGGCGCCUUCGGGGUUGGAUUUUACAGUGUGUUUUCUGACUGUGAAGAACCUUUUGUAUCCUCUGGCAAGGAGGCUAUUGCUUUUUACUGGAAGGGGAAUUCUUUAUUCACUCGCCGCCUACAGCUUCAAGAACAAGAUUGUUCUCCAGACACUACAUUCGUAUUGGAGUAUAGAAACACCACUUCUCCGGUGCCCAGUCUUCUGCCGUUAGCUCAGUUUCUUGCGAGCAGUCUUACAUUUAUUGGCCUUCAGACCAUAGAGUUGUGGCUUGAUAAUUGGAAGCUAUUACACUUAACGAAAAAGGUUGCCCCUGGAGUUCCGGUGUCCAUACCCAGAGAUAUCCAGACCUCUACUUCUGAGGGCCUGAUGAAUGUCAACGAUGUCACUCAAGAAAUUGCACAGAUUGACGCCACAUGGAUGCCAGCCGUUGAGUGGAAAUCGCCAACUAAUUCCUCGCGCUUCGAGGGAACUCGUUCGGAUGAUAACACAGGCUCUCUUCGCAGUUUUUUUUCGCGUCUAACCAGAGCUGCUGGAAACAAACUUGGAGAAAAAUCAUCAGAUAGUCUCGAAUCUCCUGUAUUGCGACCACCCGAAGAUCUAGUCACGCCUAUUUCUUCAUCUGUGUUCCUUCACAUUAAUACUGCGCGUGUGCAGACUGCAGUAGGUCAUUCUUUUGGGCAAGAGCUAUUGCGCGCAACCAAAAAACCCGCGCCAAAAUUUACAUCCUUAGCAAUUUUGACUUCCUCGUUUAUUUCUAUGGAAAUUAUGAAUGGUUCUGUGAAUCGCUCUCCGAAAUCUAUUUUUACUACUGUUUUGCCACAUAGGUCUGGCAAGAUUUAUAUUGGCUUUUCAACUCACCAAACCACUGGCCUAAAUGCCCAUAUAUCUGCACCUUCAUUAAUACCAACUGUAGAACGAGAAAGCAUUGAUUUAAAUGCACGCUGGGUACGUACUUGGAAUACGGAACUUCUAAGGGCGGCGGGGAUUGUAUGCAGGAUCGCUUGGUCUGCAGAAAUGGCUUCGAUUGACAAGCGAAUUUGGUCCUCAGCAUCAAACGCUGGAAAAACUACACCACCGCUUGAGAAUAUUUCGGCAGUUAUUCCGGAAGUUGUUCACCUAUCAAAUCAGUUUGUAUUUGGAGAGUCUACUCCAUCCUCACAAGUUGGUCAAGUUCUUGAGAACUCGUUCUGGACUUGUAAUAAAAACGCGUAUCUUGAGCUACUAUCAACGUGUGGAGUUCUCCCCAGCUACAAAAUCCGGCUUGCGCCCAAGGACCUGAGCUUCAUGAAAUCAUUACCCGUGGUUCCAGAUUUGAUAAUGGAGCAAUCCAAGGAUUUCAUAACGAAACUGAUCGAUUUUGGACUUCUUACGGAAAUCACCGUCUCUGAUAUCAAACAAGAGCUAGAAUCGUCUCCCGUCACCGCACAACAGCUCGGCGAGUUUCUUCUUUGGCUUUCAGGGAAGGCAAGCAACGGUAGUCUUAAUCAGACUACGGUCAAAGCUCUGCUGAGCGUUGUCGUGGCCAACGAUGAAUCUAGCAAAACGCAAUCUGGUAUUAUCUGUCUAAAUGAUAUCAAGUGGUUUCUUGAUCCAGCUCGAGUUCCUACAGACUUACCGAUUCCACAGUCUGUCCUACCAUUUCACUAUACGAAGAAUUUAAGCCGUAGCCAAUUGACGAUGUUUGGCUGGCGAGAGCUGCCUGUAGAUAUUUUGGUUCACUGGCUUAUUGAAAGCGAUUUAAACGGUUCCUUGCCCUUGGAACAUUGUAUUACCCGCACGGCAUCGUUUUCGUCUCGUAUUUUACCCCUUUUAUCAAAGCAAUUUGAUACACUCUCUCAGCCAUCCAAAAUGGAGCUUAUUACUUUACUUAAAAGUCAUACCGUUAUACCCACGAAAUCAGGAAUAAUGAAAAGGCCUCCGGAAACCUACUUUCCUUCCGUCCGUUUGUUUGCGGAUUUACCUAUUGUCCACGGUCUGAAUAAUGUGAAAGAAAAAUUUCUUAUUAAUCUCGGCGUCCGAAAAACCGUUGAACUGAACGUAAUAUUCGAACGUCUCCUCAAUACACCCAUCGAUUCUACUGAGAAGAUGCGGGAAUCGCAGUGGAGUCAUGUCGAGCUCAUCAAGUAUCUAACAUCUGUUCAAGGAGACAUUCCUAGAGAUGACAUUGCAAAGCUGAAGCAGGCCAGUAUUUGUACGGCCGAACACAACGAAACCUCUGCACGUUUGAAUAAGCGAUAUAAGGUAUGCGAACUUUUUGAACCCAAGAACUCUUUAAGAGAUCUUGAACUUCCCCUGCUACACUGGCCAGGAAAUUAUUCAAGCAGUAGUUCAGAAGCAAAAUUCUUGAGUCUUCUAGGGCUUAAAGCCUUCCCUUCUGCCGCAGAAUUAAUUCAGCUCAUUUCAAAUGCUGCUUCCCAGAAGCGAACAGACCUAAGGGAGAAAGCGUUGGCAUAUUUCAUUAGCACCCAUGUUAUCAAUGGCUAUGCAAAUUUUGAUUAUACGCAGGUCACCACCCCUUUUCUUCCAGGAAACGAUGGGCUUCAAUGUAUUCCAUCCCAAUGCUUUACAGAUACGGGAGCGUUACUAUUCGGAUUCAAACUACUCCGAAGUGACCUUGGAGUUCAUGCUUCGAAAUUUGGAAUAAAACAGCAUCCGCCGAUAAAUGAUUGUCUAGGAAUUAUGCUUCGAGACCCUCCUAAAUCGCUAGCUAAAGCAAAAGAACUUUUUGAAUAUUUUGCACAACGCCUUGCUGAAAUUAACGCUUCGACCGCAGAGCGUAUUGGUAUGAGCCCCAUAGUGCCGCUUCAUAAUGCCAAGAACUUGGAAGGAAGCUCUUUAUCAGGGCAUAUAGCUCCACGGGAUUGCUAUCUUGGAAAUAGUAACGACUAUGCGGACAUUUUUAGCUUUGUUGAUUUUGGGCCAAAGGGAAAUCUAUUUCUUAUGGCAUGUGGCUCAAAGCAGGAGCCUACAUCAGUCGAGUUAGGUGUCAUGCUGGUGAAAAACUCUGUGGUAGUCCUUUCACAUCUGCAGAAUCCAGAUAAGUACUUGAGAUUCCUGCGAAGCAUAGCAGAUAAUAUUGAUCAUAUCAAGAAACAUAAAAAUCUUUUUAGGGAUAUGAAGAAAGCCAGCUUCCUUCUUGCAAGCAAGGAACUACCGAACCAGACCAAAAAGGACGAAGCUGAAGAUCUAAAUGAGGAUGAAGAGCUGCCUAUCAAGGAAUGGCAGCUAAUCAAGGCCACAGAUGCUGUUAUUGUUGACGAUUACACUAGUUUCAAUUUGUUUAAGGACACUAUGCUGGCGGCUCCACAGGAGGAGACACUGGAAGACCUGUAUGCUCAACUUGGCUCGCCGACCUUGAGCAGCAUCAUUGUUGAAGAAGCUCGCUGUGGCCAGGUUGUUCCUAACCAACAUAAUGCUCUCAAGCUCCAGAAACAGAUACACGAGCGGGCGAAGAUUUUUUUACACGACGUACCGAAGGACCAGAUCAAGCAUGAUGCAAAAUGGCUGGAGAAGUAUCUGGUGGUUCAAGUUGUCCAGAGUAUAUCGCUGCGUCGGUCUCUGCGCGGACGGAACACUGGUCAUGUUGAGAAGCGACACGCCAUUGUAACCCGAGGACCGAACAAACCGGACCCUAUUCUUUCUAUCUCCCCGGGUGAUAUCAAUUUCUAUCAGGUGAGCCAGGUGCUCGUCCAUACGAUCUUGUCAAGGCCUAAAUUACACUCGUCCCUUACACUUGAAAUGCUGUUGAAGACGGAUCUUCUCGAACUCCGUGCCCGGGGUUACAAUGUGGAACGGAUUCUUCGACAAAAGGACGCAGCCGCUCGGAUUGCUAAAACUCAUCAGCAGCAACGGCAGGAGCAGCAACUUGAAGAAGACCGGAGCCGUCUUGUCAAAACUGCAGAAAAGGGGCAGCUAGGGCAGGACGUGCGUCCAGAUGGCUAUAGCCCACACCCGAUGCCGGGCGUGUUCCCCGAGUCGCGGCCUGACCAGGUUCCAAACAUAACACAAUCGAGCCUCGAGAGCAAUAGGGGAAUGGGAGGGUUUAUCUCGGAUCUUGGCCGUCGUUUCGGCUUAGAGGAGAUUUUUCGGAAUAACGGCACAGCCAGCACGCCGCCAUCGCCCUAUUCCCAGCAGCCAGAAAACAAAGUAGACACGGCUGAGCCGCACUCUCUAUUAUCUAAUGACAACCUCCAACAAAACUUGUCUGCUGCUAUAGCGCGUUGUCGACCUCACGGGCAUGCUCCAAUUCAGAAUCCAGGCCAAGUAACCCAAAUCACAGAUGCAAAGUCAUACUGCGACGAACGGCCAGCUCUUAAUCUUGUCUACGUCACCAAUAUUGCAGACACCACCAUUAGGUUUUUCCAGUCGCCGACGGAUGAGAAGGGGGAAGGCUUUUACAGCCGACAUGCAAACGGCCUCCAUAGGUUUGCUGUCAUACUCAUAGACUGUGCUGGUAUAUUUGGAGUGCGAAAAGAUAGCAUUGCCGUUUUUAAUGAGAUGAAUGGAAACACCAUUGCCUUUAACCACGGAGGAAGCAUCUUCUGCAAUUACGAUUAUUUUCAGCGGCUGCAUUUAAAAACAGUGACUGCGGGUAAUCGAUCAGAUUGUCUGGUAUACUGGUGGACAAUAUUUUGCCAUGAACUGGCCCAUAACCUCAUUGGCCCGCACAACUCUGAGCACGGCUACUAUACUGAAAGUUUUGUUAUGAAAUACCUCCCAGCAAUUACUGCGUUGCUCCAGAAUUCUAACACUGCCACCCCUACCCAAAAAAGCCGAUAA